CCUUACCAAAAUGGUUCCUUCUUCCGAGGUGGGGCUACGCUGCAUCCCGCCCGCAGGGACCGCGUUCUCGUUGGCUGUUUCGACUCGGCCCUCUUUACCUCCUUCCGGACCAAGGAUCCUCGGAUUUAACCAACCGUGAUCCCGACUCCUCUUUUGGCGCCAUCCCUCACCCCUUUAAUGGGUUUGGGUUCCGGCGCCCACUCGCGCUUUUAAACGUUUACCCUGUCCCUAUUUUAUUUUAUUUCAUUUCAUUGCCAUUUUGAACGUUAUUUCAUUCCCUGUCGUUUUAAAUCUCCCUUUUCACUUUAACAAACAGCAUCCCCCCCUCCCCCCCAGGAAAUCCAAAUAGAAAGUAUGCAGGGCUGGUGGGAAGGGAUCCCCUACACAGUCAGAAAAAUCCGGAAGGCCGGCUCUAAAGAAGCCCCCUUGUCCUGGGAGACAGUUGAGGAUCGUUUCUAAUAAUAAUAAUAAUAAUAAUACGAUGAAAAUGGCGUCAGGAUUUUUUCAGGUAAAAAUGCUGUUAAGCUUCCAGCAUGAUUUAUUAGGUUUACACCGGAAGACAGAGUCAACAUUUUAUUACGAUAAGGUAUUUAAGGCGUCACGCUCCCAGUCAAAAUCUCCAGCUGCGAGUCCUGCUCGUGCAAAAUCUGAGAGCAGGUCAGGAUCUCGUAGCCCAUCAAGAGCUUCUAAACAUUCUGAAUCACACUCUCGAUCAAGAUCAAAAUCCAGAUCUAGAUCCAGAAGACAUUCUCACAGGCGAUACACUCGCUCUAGAUCCCAUUCUCACAGGCGGCGAUCACGAAGUAAAUCAUAUACCCCAGAAUAUCGGCGUCGAAGGAGUCGAAGCCACUCUCCUAUGUCUAACCGAAGAAGGCACACUGGCAGCAGAGCUAAUCCAGAUCCUAAUACAUGUCUUGGAGUGUUUGGCCUCAGUUUAUAUACUACUGAGAGAGAUCUUCGAGAAGUCUUUUCCCGUUAUGGGCCAUUGAGUGGAGUCAAUGUGGUGUAUGAUCAACGGACUGGGCGAUCAAGAGGAUUUGCAUUUGUUUAUUUUGAAAGAAUAGACGAUUCUAAAGAGGCAAUGGAACAUGCAAAUGGAAUGGAGCUGGAUGGUAGAAGAAUCAGAGUGGAUUACUCUAUCACAAAGAGAGCACACACACCUACCCCUGGCAUCUACAUGGGCAGACCAACUCACAGUGGAGGAGGAGGAGGAGGUGGUGGUGGUGGUGGUGGUGGUGGUGGAGGAGGAGGAGGAGGAGGAGGAGGAACUGGCCGUCGCCGUGAUUCCUAUUAUGACAGAGGAUACGACAGAGGAUAUGACAGAUAUGAAGACUAUGAUUAUCGCUACAGGAGGCGAUCACCUUCACCAUAUUAUAGUCGUUACAGAUCAAGAUCAAGAUCUCGUUCCUACAGUCCAAGGCGUUAUUAAGAAGAGAAGACAGUUAUAGAGCAAAUAUCAAUUUUCAACAGCAUGUUCCGAACCUAGCUUUUCCUGUUGGUUCCCUACCAUUAUCCUGUAUCCAAUUAAAAUGUUCCUGGUUCAUUAAGAUGUAUUUUCUUUUCAAAUACCCAUUUUCAUCUCUUCUUACUGUAAUAUUCCAGGUGUAAUUGUUGUAGUUUUAUGUACUUAAAUAUCUUUAAAAAAAUUAAUGGGAAUCCCAGAGUGGUAAAAUAUUUUGUAAUUCAUGCAUUUGGUUUAAAACAAGUGGAUUUUUGUUGAGCCUCAUGGAGAAAGAACUGGUAUGUGCUAAUGCUUGCAUGUCGUAUUUUCAGUAGAAAACUACUAUUUUAAUAACCUCUCAUCUUUUUGGUUUCAAAAAAAUCCGCUUGUUUAUUUCAUUUUAACACAAUUUGGUAUGUAAUCUGAAGCCAGAAUUUUCUUGUACCUUUAGUUUAAUAAUUAAAACAAUAUUGGACUGGAAGGACUAUCCCUUGGAAAGUGAAAAAAACUUAUACCCGACAAACUCUCUUUAAUAGGCUUUGGUAAAAUAAUUCCAGUGCUGCUGAGAGGAAAUUGAAAUUUCUUUUAAAUACCAAGCUGACCUGCAAAGUAUUCCUCCUAUUUUUAUUACCCCAUAAUCAGGAUAAGCCUAAGUGACUGAAUAUAAGAAAUAUUUGAUCUGUUCAUACAAAUCUAUAUGAUACAGAAAUUAAGGUGAAGCAGGUUCUAUUUAGUAGUAUGAUCUGAAAUUGUAAUUAUUUGACUUUUCAAAAUAAAUUUAAAUUGUACAAA